AUGUACACCGACAAAUUUAAUUGGGAUUCUGCUCGACAUUCUCGAAAUAAACAAUUAGAAGGUGUUUCUGACAAAAAUUCAUCAAAUGGUCAAAAACAACGUCGCGAACUUGCUGAUGUUAUUGCUGAAAUUGUUCGAGAUUCUGGCGUUUUGGGCGUUAAGAAGGAAGUGGAAGAAGAAAGAAGUGCCUCUGCUGGAUCGUCAAGCAGCCAAACUCUCCCUUCCACAUCAGCCUCCGUAAUUGUUGUUGACGAUCCCUCAGAGUCAGAUCCGUCAAAUGUUUUGUUGCCAACUUUUGAACAGCUUCAUGGCAAUCUUUCUCCAGAAUUUGCUCGUCGGAAGUUCUUUGAUGACCUUCGACCAUUGGAUCGGCUCUUGGCACGAGUUGUACGCACUGGAGUGACGGUCCUGCAUUUGGAGGUUGUUUGCACUCUGACGAGGUUCAGGCGUACUCUUCUAUCUUUUAUGAAAGGAAAACUGGUUCCAGUUGCCUACGAUCGUGCCAAGCGCUUCUACCAAGUUAACGACUACGUUAGCACCACCAUCAUUGCACUGAGUCCGAACAGCAUGGAACUGGAGCUCAAACUGGACGAGGAUGAGUUCGACACCAGCGUCAACUUCGAUGAUUGUCCUCACAUUUCUCGACUCCGUGACAAUCCAACCUUGGCCGUUAAAUUUGGCGUUCACAUCAACAGCGACAUCUCAGCUCUUCCUCAACUGCGUGCUAAACGUUUUACUUCAAAGCCUUCAGCCGAGGAUUUGCGAAAAGACCAGACAAGACGUUUUGCAAUGACUCAUGUUGUUCGUGGGGCGGAAUUGACUCGUGAAAAUAAAUGUUUUGAGGCUAUUCAGUGUUUCAAUAAAGCACUUAAUAUUGAUGAGCAAUGUGUAGAUGCUUAUGUUGGUCGUGGUGCUGCGUCUGCAGGUCUUCGUAACUUUUCUGCUUCGUUGCAAGAUUUGGAAAAGGCAAUUGAGCUUCAGCCAGAACAUCGAAAUGCAAAUAAAUAUCAAUUAGAAGUGUUGGUUGCAUACGCAAAAGAUUUGGAAAAAUCUGGAAAUAUUCGAGAAGCCGAAGAGAAAUUUACUCGAGUUUUGGAACUUCAACCUGGGCAUUUUCAUGCUGUAGAUUUUUUUCAAAGAAUGAAUAUUUCUGAUAAUUCAAGAAAGAGGCCUUCUGAUGUUAUAGAACUUGAUGAAGACGAAGAGGAUUUGAAAAAAGGAAAAACAAAUGGAUUUAACAAUAAUAAAAAUGAGAGUGAAGAUAAGAAUAAAAAGGCUGAUUCUUCAAUGAGCGAGGAGGAGGCAAAACAAAAUCGUAUAAAAUUGAAAGAAAUGGAAGAAUUUAUAAGAAAAUUGAAAAGCAGAAAAUGA